UCGCCCCUCCAAAUUUUUUCUGGUUCCGUCCCUGCGAACGCUCAAUUCAGCUAUAAAUACAUGAGUAAUAUUGCUCUACAGUAUAUUCUAGAUAUUCACCUCAUACACGCACAGUAAGAAAGAAAGAGGUCAUAGCAAUUGAUAGAAAGAAUGGAAGCAUCAAAACUAGAAAAACUAGGUAGGUCUCUCCGGGUACCUUCAGUACAAGAACGUGCCAAGGAAAAAUCUGCCACAGUUCCAUCACGAUACAUUCAUUCUGAUCAAGAUCCUGUAAUUCUCAGUUCGACAGAUCUACCUGAAGUCCCUGUGAUUGAUAUGGAGAUCUUACUUCAUGGAGAUUUAAUGGACGCUGAGCUCAAUAAAUUUCACCAAGCAUGCAAAGAGUGGGGAUUCUUUCAGUUAAUAAACCAUGGUGUUAGCGAUUCAUUACUGGAGAAGGUGAAAACAGAGGUCGUGGAGUUCUUUAAGCUGCCACUUGAAGAGAAGAGAAAGUUUGGUCAACUGGAUGGAGAUAUAGAGGGAUAUGGACAAUCCUUCGUUGUCUCGGAGGAGCAAAAGCUUGAUUGGGCUGAUAUGAUCUACAUGAUCACCCUUCCUACUGAUCUCAGGAAACCGCACUUAUUGCCACAACUACCUCAUUCAUUCAGAAAUGCUAUAGAGGAUUAUGCGGUGGAAUUGAAAAGCCUAGCCAUGAAUAUUCUCAAUCUAAUGGCCAAAGCUCUUCAAAUGAAUCCUGAGGAAAUGGAAGUUCUCUUUGAAGAAGGCAUGCAAUCAAUGAGGAUGAACCACUAUCCUCCAUGCCCUCAACCGGAACAGGUUAUAGGGCUCACGCCCCACAGCGAUGCUUCUGGCUUCACUAUCCUUUUUCAACUGAAUGAAAUUGACGGCCUACAGAUUAGAAAGGACGGUACUUGGAUUCCAAUAAAACCGUUGCCUUCUGCCUUUGUUAUCAACAUCGGAGAUGUUCUGGAGGUUAUAACCAAUGGAACUUAUCAUAGCAUUGAGCAUAGAGGAGUUGUCAACUCAGUGAAGGAGAGAAUGUCAAUUGCUACAUUUUUAAGCCCCAAGGUAGAUGCAGAAUUCGGUCCUGCACCAAGCCUUCUCACGUCCCAAGCUCCUCCAAAGUUUAAAUGGAUUGCUGCUGCAGAUUUCUUUAAAGGAUAUUUUGCACAGAAGCUUGCUGGGAAAUGUUAUCUAGACACUCUACGAAUAUAAACCUAAUAUAUUUGGCUUUAUGCACCUGAGCUUCUUCAGUGAAUAAACCUGCAACUUCCUACGUAUCGCUAACAAAGAAUCUGCUGCAAUUUCCACAAUGUAGACAGACUUAUUGUCUAUGCAACAGAUUGUAAUAAACUUUUCAUUGCAAUUUCCCUUGUUUCA